UAGAGAAAAAUUUAAAUGGCGCAUCGGACAAAAAUCUGCAAUCAAGGUGGAAUCUUCAAUGCUUCUAGACCAUCCGAAUACAGCGCAGAAACUCGGAAAUUUUUGAAUGAUUUGAUCAAGGAGAGUCGCUUAACGACGUUACAGCGGAAAUCUCUGCAGGGUUGGCUAAGAUCCCGUGGCGAUCCACCGUCAACAACAUCGCAACGUCCGGUUUCCGGACCGUCCGAAGCUCCCGUCAAACGGUACCGAUCGACCAGACCUCGGAUGCUCAAAGACAUUGUUGAGUCUGGCGCCUACGAACCGGAAGCCUACAAACCUAGCACAAAACAAAAAAAUUACAACGGCGAAAAAGAAAAAUUACAGAGUAUUAUGGCUUACGGUAGAGUGACUAAAUUGGACCCAGUUGCUGUAGUCAAAGUUUCCAAUAUCCAAAAAACCUCCAAUGAAUGUACCGAUGAAGAACUGAUUAACUCAGUGAUAUUAGAAAUUGAAGAUCGUGAACAAUUUCUAUCAGAUAUGGAGAAUUUGGGUCAAGGGUCCAAGUACAGUGCUUCCAUAAUCCACGAGAUUUGCGAUCGAAUAAAAAAAUUGGAAGCGUUUGUCAGUAAAAAUUCCUGUAACCACAGAAUGACAGAUGUGAAAGACAUUGCCAAUAAAUAUCGAAUACCGUUGGGAUUACCAAAAACAUUACCGGGAUCGUUAUCGAUCAGUUGAAUGAUGUGUUUAAUUUAAUAUAAAAAAAAAAUAAUAAUAAAA